CUAUCACGCGCUAUAACGCAGCCGAUCAUUUCAUGAAUUAAAUUUCAAUAUACAACAAUGGGAGUUCUUUAAAAUGAAACAAUGUAGAUAUUUUGAUACCUCUAGCCAAUAGCAAAACCCGCGUAUCUCUUGAAGAACCAUCAAUAGUCAAAGCGCUUUUUGGAGCCGUUUAUCCGAAGAUUGUACCGAUCUUUGUGGACUUAGUUACAGACAAUUAGCACACUUUUCAUCCACGUUUGAUGAUUAAAUAAAAGAAGGAUUUUCACACAAAGAACCUGAGACAUGUCCAUCCGGAAGCAGUCAAUGGCUCCAACGGAGGGCCGGCGGAAGUCCAUCUACGCUAGCGAACGGAAGCAAUCAUUCGAUCGAAUGAGCGGCUCAAUACCGGUUGGAUCGGAACGGCGCGGCUCCAUCGCCGGUCGCCGGAUGUCAAUAUCCGAGCGGAAGUACUCGAUGGCGGAUUCCCUAGGAGGCAGAACUGGUCCGAUGUCAGCCUCCAAGGACGGUCGAACGACGAUCAAGUACGAGAACACGUACAAAACGGAACCGGAUAAGACCUUUCCGAUCUACGAGGCUAAGAAGAUUGCAUACGAGGUUUUACAGUCCGAGUUGAAAGGGCGGGAAUAUGACAAGGACGAAUGCUCGAGAGCGUCGCGCAAUAUUUCUGAUCGCAUCAAACAGCAGGUGAAGGCGCUCGGGCACCCUAGGUUUAAAAUCGUUUGCAUAGUGACCAUCGGUCAGUUCAAGGCGUCGAACCCGUCUCUCUCGUUUACCAGUAGGUUUAUAUGGAACGAUAAAGUAGACAACUUCGCGGAAGCCACGUUUAAAAGCAGAGAUUUGUUUGGUGUCGCCCUGGUGUAUGCUGUGUAUGCGGAGUAAAUCGCGUAGAAGAUAGUUAAUAUUACUUCAGUCUGGACGUGAUGUUGAGAAUUUAUUAAUUUAUUGCGUAAACGUGUAUUUGAGAUUACCUUUGACAUAUAUAAAAUCAUAUCGUCGUUAUAUCAUGCAGUACGUGAUGGAUGUCGGGGAUUAAAAACUAAUGUGUAAGAAAUUUGAAUUUCAAAAUACAAGUACCUUAUUUUUUAUGACGACAUAUUAUGGUGUUGUUUUAUUUUCGUGACCAUGUUAAAAGAAAACCAGUAAUUGGUAUAAAUUAUCACAUAACGAAAAUUAAAUGCUACAGCGAAAAUGUAUUCAGUAUAAUUAUUAGAAUCUUUUCUUAAAAACAAAACAAAAAAACAAACAACAACAUACAUAUUAGUAUGACUUUUAAGUUUUUAUGCUUACACAUUUUCUGAUUACGUUUUCUUUACUUUGUUUUUAAUGUGUAAAUACCAAGGUUAUUAAGCAUAAGUAGUUCAUACAUACAUUCAAGAUCGUGUGAUAUAAUGUAUUUCACAAAUUACCAAACGGGGCGAUUUAUUUUUAUAUUCCACAAUAAAAUGAACACAAAAUAAAGACAAACGUUGUUUGAUCAAAUGACAUAAAAUACUAUCCCGGAUAUAAAGGAUAAUAAAAAUAAAUCAAUUUUCUCAUUAACAAUAGUUAACGCAGAAAUACAAACAAUAAUUACAUAGAAACCAUCUACCCGUUGAAUGCCCGUUUUCUGGUAAUGUUUGGUCAAUCAAUAUUAAUGUCUCUUUUCCUUAAAGGGACCUGAGUGCUCAUACAAUUAUACAAAUAUUAAUGUUUGGAAUACAUUCGUUUGCUGCCGAUGUUUGCAUAACAUCGGGGACAAGGUGCGAAACUUUAACUAGACCAAUUGGCUAAAAAAAAAAUGUUACGAGCGCUAAAAUGUAAACAAAUGAACGUUUAUUGACAAAGUACAUGUACGUGUUUUGAUUUUGUUUUGUUUAAAAGUUAUAUUGCAUGGUUAUCUCGUUUACAAAAGCAAGAACUUGUUCGUGAAAAUGAACCUAAAUAGAAAUCGACCAGGUCACUCGUGCAACUCGUGCUAUACUUUUAAAUAGAGCCUUGUACACUACCCGGUAUAUACAAAAAUAUUCUGUAUAAAAACAAAGGGUAACCUGUGUACUUAAAAUGUAAAAUAGCGGUCUACAUACGUUAUGACUUGACUGCUGUAUAAUGACCCAUUUUUACAAACACAAAGACGACUAUAAGAUGCCAUGUAUACUGCAUAUGGAAAAUAAGUAAACAUGUACGUAUUUAAGCGCCAACAAAUCAAUAUUUCGUCGAUGCUGGUUUUGUCAGGUCUUUUUUUUGUAAGCAGAUUUUUAUAAUAAAAAAGGUUGUGUUUUUUUUAAUAAAGUGGAGAAUAAAAUUUUGUAAUCAUCCACUGCAACACGUGAGUUUCUUGUAAUUAAGGAAACAGUAAAAUAGAAGAAACGGGCCGAUGCAACUCGCACAGUAAAAUGUAUCCCACUCCAAGUUCUCUUUAGUGUUUGGGUUUCUGUCUUGCUUGUAAUAUUAUUUAACGCGCCUUGAAAAAUACAAUGCAAUUUUGUCAAGGGAAUUACAAGCACCGUUCUUAAGUAUCCGAUCGAGGGUCACAACAUUUGUAUUACCUUUUUGGCUUUUCAAUAAUUGAACUAUAAACUAUAAACUUUAUGAACAUUUUUUGUAUUGAUGGUAAACCCAUGUUAACUAUUAUUUUAUUAAAUUUUGACGUUUUGUAUUGUCAAGCUUGUAUUGCAUGCAUAUGCAAAUGUUUGUUAAUUGAAGUAAUAAAACAUUUUACAAUCUU